GAGAAGAAAACAAAAUACGAACUCGACGUUCUCUUCUCACUUCCUCAGAAAUACUCUGUAAUCGAUUGUGCUAUAGUAGUUAGUAGCUAUCAUUUUGUUUGUGUUUCCCAGUCAAGAUUCCGACAAUAUCCAGAAGAAUUUCCAUUUCAAGUACCCAGGUUCGAUCACGUUACGCGUAGCACCAUCAACAAUGAUACUCUAGGAGGUAAAUGGUCACAUUCGAAAGAUUGAGACUCACAGAAGCCUUCUCAGAAAUCAUAAGUCCUAUUUAAAGUUCUUGCCACCACUGUUCUCGUACCUUGAUCUUGAUUUUGAUUCGCUGAAUGAUUCACAAAGCAAGGCGCAGAUAAGCUGAGGCUGUGCUGACUCUGCAGCUGAGAAAAACGGCCAUGUCGAUCACCCACUUUGCGUCAUUCUCUCAAUCUUUCGUAGCUUUCAUAUAUUGAAAAGCUUCCAUCUCCUUUCCUGAUAAUCUGUUGUGGGUUAUCUUGCAAAACAAAGCUCUAUCCAUGGCAACUCAACACAUUCUAGCCUCAGCUGCUCAAAACGCGCAUCUGCUCUCUAUCCUUUCACGAACGGAUCAUGCACCGUCUGACUACAUUCAAAUCACACAAUACCAAUCAUCUAUCGAGGGCAUUAUCUCCCAGCAAGAGCAACGAGUAAAGACUUUGGUUGCAGCAAGUGCAAAAGAACACCAAGACUACGACGAAUAUCAAGGCUCCACUGUCAAACGUCUGGCGUACAAAUUACGCGGAAGAAAAGAUAAAUUUAUCGAGGCUGGAGAAAAAGAGCACCGAGAAUGGUUGAAUGCAAUUCAGAAAGAGUUGGAAGCCAAGCGUCAUUUGAGCCAUUUAAACGACACGCUUCAAGAUGCUAAAUCGAAAGCCUCAUUGUUAAAACCCUUGGUAGAAGAACAUAAGUCGGCACAAGCUGAACUGGAUGCUCUUUAUAAUUCUAUAUUUUCUGGUCCAUCACAUGAUUUUCCAACGGAAGAUACGAAGGAACAUAGUCUGUCUUGUGCCAAGAAUUCAUUCGACGAGGGACAAUUACAACUAAGCACCGAAACCAACGUGUUAUUAAUCUUGCAGAAAGCCUCCACUGUCAUGAAAGAGUGCAUCGUGACUAUGGAUUAUGCGUUACAGUCAUCAAAUAUCAAUGCAUGGGGAGUCGAUGGGGGAUUCGAUUGUAUGGUGGAGCAAUCUUCACUUGCAAAAGCUCAUCAUCUUUCUUCUCAAAUAGAAAUGUUGGUGUCCCAGGCACGACAAAUGCAACCAGCUGUUCAACCCUUGGGCCCGAUGAAUAUUGCACAAAUGUCCGAUGUCAUUUUCGACAAGACUUCCUCUGACCUUAAGCUUCAAGAGAAUAUUGAGAAGUCAAAGCGGCAGGUGGUUGCAGCACGGUCACGAUUGUCUCAAGAGAUAAAGAACAGCAAUGAACGUCUUAUGAACUUUCGUGAGGAAGCUCAAGAAAAGAAGAAAGUUCUGAUAGUGAAAAGGAAGGAGUUACAAGAUGAAAGGGCGGCUUUGUUUGAAAAGGUGAUCGCAAGUGGUCAAACCCCGGAAAUUCCCCAGCAAACACGAAGCAAUGUUCAAGUAGAACACAGUAAUUCUCGGGAGCAAACUCCUCCAUUGCAAUGGGACAGUCAGCAACAUAUACAUUAUUCGUUAUUUGGAGGAGGCUAUCAAGAACAGCCCAAUGACCCGGAACCGUACCGUAUCCCGCCAGCAGGGACCUAUGGUUUUCAAAAUUCAAAUUCAAACUACCCUCAAACUGAAUUAUCGAUGCCAGUUCCAAUAUGGUACUCAUAAUAAUAUAGCUGUUGCUCACCCUGGGCACAGAAAGUUUUUGCCUUAAAGGAUUACUCGUGGCGUUUGGAAUUUUGGGAAGCAUAUACCAGGGACUAAGGAAGGCGCACACAGUCGUGGGUUAACCAGACAAGAGGAUAUCACAUCGGAGCUUUGUAAAUAACAAUAGAAACUUUCUGGUUCAGAAAUCGUUAUUCAAUUUUUUCUUUCGUUCAUAAAUACUUCAAGAAACUCCA